AUGGAACAUUUCACUCUAAAAAGAACUGAAAGCACUUCAAAUGAAGGAAGCGAUGAGAUCGCUUCCACUAGUACGGCCGAAACGGUGUCAAUUACAAACGCUAAUCCUGAAGAUAGUUCUGAACCGAAAAAUCAUGUUCCUUACACAUUAGACAAUUCGAAAUCAGUCAACUUAAUUGAAAACAUACCAAAAUCUAGCACUUUAAAUGAAUCGCCAAUUAUAAACAAUACUUCAGAGAAUAUUUCAAUCAAUCAUACAUCAACUAUAAAACUCUGUGAAUAUCGUGAAACUUUGGAUAAAAAUGGCAUAGAUCAAAUUGGCGACAUUGAAGGUGAAAAUGAUGAGCCUG